AUGAUAAACCCCGAUAACCUCCGUGAGGUGCUGAACACCGACAUCCGCACGCCAAUCCCCGAAGCCACAGUCUCCAAGAUCACCUCCCUUCCUCCAUUCAUCACGGUGCCCGGGGUUUCUAAUUUUCGAAGCUUGAGUCACGAGAAUAAUUUACGCCUCGGAUAUGUCUACCGGUCAGGAAAUCUGUCGGAUAUCACGGAUGAAGGGAAAGUGUUUCUAUCUGUGGACCUAGGCAUUACCACGAUUUUUGACCUUCGAAAUCAAGGGGAGCGGGAGCGUGCUCCAAGUCCCCAGAUUCACGGGAUUGAGACUAUCUGGAUGCCCUAUGGGUCUCGGCCGGCAUCACUUAACCUGCGUGACUUUGCUAGCGAGGACCAAGGCACGACAGGGUUUCUGAAGAUGUAUUCCGGCAUCUUGGAAGCGUCGGUACCAGCCUUCAAACAAGUCUUUACCCAUAUUAGAGAUAAACCAGACGAUCCUUUUAUUUUCCACUGUUCAGCCGGCAAGGACCGCACAGGUGUGCUAGCUGCAUUGAUUCUGCUUCUGAUGGGCCGCUCUCACGACGAGAUCAUUCACGAUUAUAUUCUGACUCGCAUCGGAUUAGAAAACGUGCGAGAAAAUUUGACGCACGCCUUGGCUCUUCAUGCUGGCACCGACCAUUUGAGCCCCGAAGCGAUCGGCAUGUUGGAGCUAAGCGGUGUCCGAGCGCACGCUAUGGCGGCUUUUCUGAAGGCUUUUGAGAAUAGCUACGAGGGUGGCGUCGAGGGGUAUUUAACCGCAAAGCUUGGGUUUUUAGUGCCGGACAUUCAACUCAUGCGGCAGAAUCUAGAAGCUUGA